AUGCCGAGGGUAGCCGUCGGCAUAUGCCUGGCCCUCGGCAUAGCUAGGGCACGGCCGGGUCGAGCCAGACCACGCACACGCGCCCGCCCGAGCCGCACCCAUCUUCUCCCCGAGCCCCCACGCUCUCUGCUCCUCCCAAGUCCGAGCCGCACCCAUCUCCUCCCCGCCGCCACGCUCGCCGCCGCCGGCAACCGCCUCCCUGCCGCUCGCUGCCCUCCUCCCGAACCUCUGCAGAACCUCCCCGCCGCCACCUCCACCUCCCCCGAUCUCCCCUCCACCUCCCCCCUCUCCCGCGCUGCCGCCAGCAGGAGCCCCCUCCUCAUCGCCGCCCGCGCCGGCCUCCACCUCCACCCGAGCCCCCGUCCGAGCUGCUCCCCCUCCUCGUCGCCGCCAUGCUGCGCCGGCCUCCAGCUGCCGGCUUCCCCGCCGUCCUCCUCCUCCCCCGAGCCUGCCCCUGGCCAAAGCAACUGGACAUGGGAGGUCAAGCCAGCCCGCGUGCCUAACAGCUUGCUUGGGGCUCUGAUUAAGAAGUUCUGGCCGGGCAGAUACACUCCCCUUAGCACGGUCCCCGGUGGCGAGACGAGGCUAGCCACUACUUGGGCGGACUAUGAGGAUGCCCCUGCCGUAGGCUUCGCGACAGCUGCUGAGGCUGUGACCACCAAGUUCUGGGUAAGACAUAUACUUCUCGAGCACCGUUCAUUGUUGAUGGCCCUAAUGUGCUAA